AUGGUUAGCUAUCAAUUUAUCCUCAUUAAAGAUGAUGGGCAAGAUGAGAACGAAUUAAAUAAAGAUGAUAGUUAUCAAUUUAUACUUAUUAAUGAAGAAGAAGAUAAGAAAUGUUUGACAGACGAAAAUGAUUUACAAAUUCAAUAUUUAUUUAAUAAAGAUAACGAUUUAAUCGAUAAAAAUGAUUCAACUAAAGAAAUUGAAGAAGAAAAAAUAUUUAUUAAAGAAGACUAUGCUAUUGAUGAAGAAGAAUUAAAAGAUGAUGAUUUAAAAGAAAAUGAAAUGACAAAAUAUGAAUGUAAAACAUGUAAUGAAAGUUUCACAACGCCAAAAAAUCUUAAAAUUCAUGAAUUUUCACACACAAAACAAAAACCGUUUAAAUGUAAAGAAUGUAAUGCAACUUUCGCACAAUCAUCAAGCGUAAAAAGACACCUUGCAUGUGUACACACAGAUAUACGACCGCAUGUAUGUUCCAUAUGUAAUAAAAGUUUUAAAUUAAAGAAAAUUUUAAAAGGUCACAUGAAUGUACAUACAAAAGAGAAACAAGUUGAAUGUAACGUAUGUUUGGCGAAAUUCACACUACCAGCAAAUUUACGUCGGCAUAUGACAAUGCAUACGGGAAUAGGUGAACAUAAAUGUGAUAUAUGUAAUAAAAUUUUUACUCGUUAUUGUAAUUUACAAUUACAUAUACGCCAUCAUCAUUUUUUAAAUAAUAAAGGUGAUAAAAUUAAAAUACGAAAAAAAAAUGACAAAGAAUAUGAAUGUGAUGAAUGUGGUAAAAUAUUAAAAACUAAAAAAGGCUUAUAUGAACAUCAAUUAAAUCAUGCAAAUAUUAAAAAUUUUUUAUGUUCAUUAUGUGGAAAAGAAUUUGUAUCGUAUUCAAAUUAUUUAUCACAUAUGAAAGUACAUUCAGGUGCAAAACCAUACAAAUGUGAUUUAUGUGACAAAACAUUCUCACAACUUGGUUUGUUAAAAUGUCAUAAAAAUGUGCAUACUGGCGAACGUCCUUAUACAUGCAAAUAUUGUUCAAAAUCGUUUAAACAAGAUUCACAUUUAAGAUAUCAUUUACGUAUACAUGAGAAUUUAAAACCAUACGAAUGUUCAUUUUGUUUGAAAAAGUUUACAGUAAAAGGUACUUUAACGGUACAUGAACGUAUUCAUACGGGAGAAACACCUUAUGUAUGUACAAUCUGUUCGAAAGGUUUUUAUGAUUCAAGCAGUUUAAAGCGACAUAAAGCCAAACAACAUAAGAUUUAACAAAAUUUUAUAUAAAAACAUGGAUCGUACUUUAACUCAAAUAAUGUUCAUCAAUAACCAAAAUAUCAUUUGGUGCUGGUCGUUUUGGCGGUCGCAAGAAACAUCUAUGGGCGGUCGCAAGGAUCAAGGACCAACAUUUUUUGUUUGAAACAUUUUCUUAUAAA